UGACUAUUAUACAUACGCAACACUCGACCUUGCACUCCAGAAGCACCGCAAUAACCUAACCUGGAAAUGUGGCACUAUCCAGCGAUGCUCACAAUAAAUGGUUUCGACUCUCACAAGUUUAUCACAAGUCUAGUUUAUGCUUGUACAUAUGUACAUGUAUUCGAAUCUCAACCCUAAAGCCACAUACUAAUGCAUAUAACAUAAUAACUAACUUUGUUCGCAUCCCAAUCGCAUCAUCAUAAAAAAUUACACCCGACAACCAAACUAUAAACUGAUCCAACGAGUUGGAUAUGUCUGUGUGAGUACCUAACUAAGGAGCAUAGUAACCUUUGAUUAUAACAUUUAUCCAGCAGUUUGCUUAAAAAAUCACGCCAUUGCAUUCCUCGCUUCUCAGGCACACGUCUUCAGUAGCAAAGAUUGCGAAUCUAAGCUGAGAUCAAAUUUUUGUCGAAUAACUGAAAUCGUUUUUUUCGUCCUUCGAAAUGUAUAAAUUAGCCAUGAGUUCGGUGCCGAAUGGUGGAGCUGGUCCUUCUGAAAUACCUGCGGACAUUGUCUGGCCCGAUCUUCCAAGCAAGUGCACAUGGCAUUUAGGAACAAAAGACAAAUCUCCUCACAGUUUGGAUGCCAGGGAAAAACUACCUGGAAUUUUACCAAACAUUUUGUCUCACAUUGGUAACACUCCACUCGUCCGAUUGAAUAAAUUACCACUGGCGAAAGGCAUCAAGUGUGAAGUCUUGGCAAAAUGUGAGUUUUUUAAUGCGGGAGGAAGCAUAAAAGAUCGCAUUGCGCUUAGAAUGGUUGAAGAUGCAGAAAAGUCGGGACUUUUACAUUCUGAAUCCACAAUUAUUGAGCCCACCUCAGGAAACACGGGAAUUGGUCUGGCUCUUGCGGCUGCCGUAAAAGGAUAUAAAUGCAUCAUUGUAAUGCCUGAAAAAAUGUCAAAUGAAAAAGUGGAUGUACUUCAUGCUUUGGGCGCUAAAAUUGUUAGAACACCAACGUCUGCAAUGUUCAACUCUCCUGAAAGUCACAUCUCUGUGGCGUGGAGACUGAAAAAGGAAAUUCCUCACGCCGUAAUUUUAGAUCAGUACCGCAAUGCUGGCAACCCUUUAGCCCAUUAUGACACCACGGCCGACGAGAUUUUGGAACAAUGUUCUGGAAAGGUCGACAUGGUCGUCGUAGGGGCUGGUACUGGUGGAUCCGUGUCUGGGAUUGGGAGGAAAAUCAAGGAAAAAUGUCCCUCUUGCAUUGUCGUCGGCGUGGACCCUGAAGGCUCAAUUUUGGCCCAGCCAGAAAAUUUAAACAAGAGCGAUGUUAGCUCAUACGAAGUAGAAGGCAUUGGUUACGACUUCAUUCCAACAGUUUUGGAUCGUUCCGUGGUAGAUAAGUGGUACAAGAGCAACGAUCGCGAAUCUCUGCCCACUGCCCGCGCCCUGAUUCGAGAAGAGGGUCUUCUCUGUGGGGGCAGCAGUGGCGCCGCACUUUCCUGUGCUUUCAAAGCCAUUCAGGACGCAGGGUUGAAAGAAAACGCCCGCGUCGUGGUCAUCCUUCCGGACGGAGUUCGGAAUUACAUGACCAAAUUUUUAUCUGAUCAGUGGAUGAUUGAGAGGGAUUUGUUACCCCUGCACAACCUUAAGGACCAGUAUUGGUGGUGGGACACACCGGUCUCCUCCCUCCAUUUGGCCUCGCCACUCACUGUUUUACCAGACGUUCCAGUGCAGGAAGCGAUCGACAUUAUGAAAAGAAAAGGUUUUGACCAAAUGCCAGUGGUGGAUAAGGAUGGAAACGUGUUGGGAAUGGUCACCUUAGGAUCUUUGCUGGCCCGUGUGCUUUCCAAGAAGCUAGACAAAAGUGACAGCGUUGAUGCUGCCAUUUAUCGCCAGUUUAAGAAAGUUACGCUAAACAUGACAUUGGGGAAGUUAACCAACAUUUUACAUAAAGACCACUUUGCGCUUGUCGUACACACGCAAGUUCAAUAUGCUGGAGUAGAUAAGGAGGACAAAAAGAAGGAAGUCAUCAUUGGUGUUGUGACACAAAUCGACUUGCUGCACUACAUUUCACAAGUUGAAGAAGUUGUCAGACAACGAAAAAUGUCUGAAGUCGGUGACUUGUCGGAACUUGCUAUAAAAUGACGGAAUAACAUUCAAGUAUAUAUAAUUUUAUUAUCAUCCAGAGGUAACUUGUUGCAUAUCGUAAAAUUGAAUGAAUAAAAAGAGUAUAUAAUUGA